CUCUCUCUCCUCCUUCAAUAGAGAAAAAAAAGGGACGGAUCUAUCCAAUUGGAAUUUCCAUGGCGGAAUAACCGUUAUCCCUUCUUUUGAUUUAUUUUUUAUACAGACAAUCGCGAAAUCCAGAAACAUUUAUUCACAUAAAAUAAUCUUCCCCUCUUGUCUAUUGCAAUUCUUCAAACCGCCAUUAUUGCAGCCAUACCUGUGCUUAUUUUUCUCCACAUUCUUAUCUUGUUUGCACUCAACUGCAAUAUUAAACUACCUGUCUCUAUCAACUCUUGACUGCUUCCUUGGAUAGCAGCUUCCCCACGCUAUACGAUGUCUUCUAUAACACCCAUCUCCAGCGCUCAACCCCUCUUCAAGAAAUCUCAAUUGGGAGCCUCGCAAAAGCCCCAAGCUCAUUUUUUGUCCAUGCCCAUAUCGCCGAAGAAGUCGAGGAUGGUGGUGGUUGCAGCAACGACGGCGGCUGAGAAGGGGAAAAAGAGGUACCCUGGCGAGGCGAAGGGGUUUGUGGAGGAGAUGAGAUUUGUGGCUAUGAAGCUGCAUACCAAAGAUCAAGCCAAGGAGGGGGAGAAGGAGCCGCAGGGGCAGCCUCUUGCUAGAUGGGAGCCUAGCGUUGAAGGCUACUUGAGAUUCUUGGUUGAUAGCAAGUUGGUUUAUGAUACUCUUGAGAGGAUUGUCGACAAAGCCGCUUUCCCUGAAUAUGCAGAAUUCAAGAACACAGGGCUCGAAAGAUCAGAAAGGCUUGCAAAAGAUCUUGAAUGGUUCAAGGAGCAAGGUCAUGCAAUCCCUGAACCAUCAUCUCCUGGCAUUACCUAUGCUCAGUAUGUCGAGGAGUUAUCUGAAAAAGAUCCUCCGGCAUUCAUUUGCCAUUUCUACAAUACGUACUUUGCUCACUCAGCCGGUGGCAGGAUGAUAGGGAGGAAGGUAGCCGAGAAGAUACUGAAUGGGAAGGAAUUGGAGUUCUACAAAUGGGAAGGGGAGCUGUCCCAAUUGCUUCAGAAUGUUCGGGAUAAGCUAAACCGAGUUGCUGAAAAUUGGAGUAGGGAGGAGAAGGAUCAUUGCCUCGAAGAAACUGAAAAAUCGUUCAAGUUUUCUGGGGAAAUUCUUCGUCUGGUGUUGUCCUAACUCAGACUGCAAACUUGUUAUUUACAUGUGUAAUUCUGAGAUGGAAUAUCUUCUGUACAAAUUACUCUCCAUCUACCAAUGUAUCUUCCAAAUUAAUCACUUAUGUUAUAAUGUCAUCAUGUCCUGUUUAAAAGUAAA